CCGCCGCGUGUUGCCGCUAGCCGCCUCCGCGAGGCAUGCGACUCAGUGUCGCAAAAUCUUUUCUUCAGUCAUCUUUACAAAACCGCGCGCCCUUGUGCCGACGGCAUGUUGGGCGCGCGGCUCAAAUCAUGGAUGGAGGCUCAGCUGGGGCGGGCGAAGAAACGUAAACAGAAGCAAAACAAGCCGGCCCCUGCCGCGACAACACCUGGGCCUGUGCAAGCGCCUCAUUUAUCGUCACCGGAGAGCGCGUAUAGUACCGGCUACUCCACCGAUGGCACAUCCCCGGGAGCGCCGCCCGCCCCGCUCGCCGCUCCGCUAGUAUCUCCGCCUCCGCCGCCCGCACCACCCACCACGCACCUUUAUCAUGAGCCCGCGAAGAGGCGGUCGAUCCCAGUGGUGCGUUGCGCGGAGCCUGUGGUGUGCGCGACGCCGUCACCUCGGCCACGUUGUCGGAUCCGCACCAACCCCUGGCUGGGCGCCGCGACACCACCCACCGCGCGCCGCCGCACGCCCCUCUUCCCCCAACAGUCUCUGCAAUGCCCGCAACCAGCGCCUCAACUGUUACAUGCUCAAUAUUCACUAGAUACGCAAGCAAUAUACGGAACAAGAUCUCCGCAUUUAUCGCCACAUCUAUCGCCGGAGCGUUACCGAUCGCCGUACUACCGUGGCGGAGUCUCUAGCGACGAGGAGUGCCGGGACGCCAGAACUCGUGGUAGAGAGACGGCUAUACUGUCAGACGCCGACGCUGACUCCGAUGGCGACACUGGUCUUGACGGUGGCGAUGAAGACGACACCGACUGCGACGCCACGCCCGGCAGACGACGUGCUAGACGGAGGAGACCGCCGCGCAGACCGCCACGUUCAGCAGGCGCAACGCCACCCCGCACACGACGCAGGAACCCUGCCCCGCCGGCGCCGCCAGUGCGGGAGCGGGAUCCUCUGCUGGAAGCUGACAGAGAAGCCGAGAGAAAAUAUCGAGAGCUCAUACGUGAGGCGGAUAAGUUACUGGUUACCGUCUCUCGAGCGCCACUCGAACCGCCGCACAAUCCUCGCAUUAGGGAGCUGAGGGCUACUGAGUCGGAGGCGCCACGACGCAGCCCGGAGCGCACACACAUCACCAAUUUCAUUCGCGCCAACUCCCCGGAGGCGGCUCGGCGCGGCGCCCCUGCCCCCCGCCGCUCGCCCCUCGCAGCGCCCCCGCCCUGUCCGCCCUGUCAGACCGCACACGCCCUCGCCGCAGACAGACCGCACUCCGAACCUCCUAAGCGGAAAGCGUAUGCCAGGGAUGAGGUACUACAAACGCUUCAAGGGUUGCGGGCGAGCCUGCAGCAGCAGUCGGCGCUGCUGGCCGUGCAGAGAACCAGGCUCGACUCCUUGUAAUAUGUAACAAACUUCCCCUUCCCGUCCUUGACACUACUUGGUGUGGAUUGAAUGUUUCGUUUACCUCGUAGGUUAACUUUGUUGCAUUCGUUUUGUGCCCAA